AUGUUCGGCCGUAACCCUCGACCAACUCCUCCCAGUCAACCCCCCUCCCAACAGCAGCCUUCGGGCCCUUACAGUCGAAUACCCCCGGGCAGCUCUGAUCGAUAUGGCGGUCCCCACGGCCGUCCACCAGCGAACAGCCAGAGACCCUACUACGAUGGCGCACCACCAGACAAGCACGAAUACUCUCGAGGACAGUCGAGACAAGGGUCAGGAGGCCAGACAUGGCAGCUACAACCGACAAAGUCCCCAGAAGAGAGUUACACAUACGGGAACCUAGUCGCUGUUUCGCCUUUCGAUUUUCCUCCAUCUCAAGUCAGCUCAGAUUUCUAUGUCAUCCUCAAUGACCUCUAUGUCUGCACCGCAAGAACGUCUGAUGGCUUCGCCCAAGGACAUAUCAGUCUCUCGGACAUUCAGAGAACCUGGGCGCAGAUCAGCCUCCAGGAUACAGUACACGUCAAGAAGUAUGACCCGUUUCAAGAGGGUGGCCCUCGCUAUCUUGGGUCUUUAGAUGCGGAAAUCAGCUUUGCGACUAAAAGGGAGACAGAGGACCCUUAUGAUCAGGAUGAAUUACAACAAUACUUUACUAGGAAGUACGAAAACCAAGUCCUUGCGCCCGGUCAACGAGUCCUCAUGGACUACAAGAGUCUUAAACUACUUGUUGUCGUCAAGGCCAUUCAACUCGUCGACCUCUCCGUGGAAAAGCCUUCAGCUGGAUCUGAGCCUAGUAUGUCCGAUGCCCGCAGCCGUGGAAUUCUUACACGCCAGAGUCAAAUGAAUUUCUUCAAAGAUGCCAAAUCCAGGUUGAAUUUGAAGGCCUCCAAACGAAGACCUGCUGCUAAUGCCAUCUUUACCCCCGACUUCAAGUUCGAAGACAUGGGAAUCGGUGGGUUAGAUAAAGAAUUCAGUGCUAUCUUCCGAAGAGCGUUUGCCUCCCGCAUCUUCCCACCCGGGCUGAUUGAGUCAAUGGGCAUCCAGCAUGUCAAAGGCAUAUUGCUAUUUGGUCCUCCAGGGACGGGGAAAACGUUAAUUGCUCGGAGGAUAGGCAAAAUGCUAAACGCUCGAGAGCCGAAAGUCAUCAAUGGACCGGAAGUCCUGAACAAAUACGUGGGCCAAUCCGAGGAGAACAUUCGAAAGCUCUUCGCAGACGCCGAAAAGGAGUACAAGGAGAAAGGAGAUGAGAGUGGUUUGCACAUCAUCAUAUUUGAUGAGCUUGAUGCGGUUUGCAAGCAGAGAGGUAGUGGUGCAGGUGGAGGUACAGGCGUUGGGGACAGUGUUGUCAAUCAGCUGCUCUCGAAACUUGACGGUGUCGACCAACUCAACAAUAUCCUACUUAUCGGAAUGACCAAUCGAAUGGAUAUGAUAGAUGAUGCCCUGCUUCGACCUGGCCGGUUGGAGGUGCAUAUGGAAAUCUCCUUGCCAGAUGAGUAUGGUCGAGUUCAAAUUUUGAAGAUCCACACCUCUAAGAUGAGGGAAAGUGGUAAUCUAGAUCCUGAUGUCAAUCUAGAGGAGCUUGCUCAUUUGACUAAGAACUUCAGUGGUGCCGAGAUUAGUGGUCUGGUCCGAAGUGCGACCUCUUUUGCUCUGAACCGGCAUGUUAAGGUUGGCACUCUUGCUGGCGUCUCCGACGACGUUGACAAGAUGACUGUUAACCGCGACGAUUUUAAGCACGCGUUUGACGAUGUCAAGCCUGCUUUUGGUGUCUCAGAAGACGAAAUGCAGCGGUGCCUUCGUGGUGGUAUCAUCCGCUUCUCGGAGGCUAUUGAUGGUAUCUUGAACGAGGCGAGUCUCAUCGUCAAGCAAGUACAAGAGCCAGAGAGUACUCCGUUAUUCUCAACUAUCCUGUAUGGCCCGCCAGGAUCGGGUAAGACCGCACUCGCGGCGAAGAUCGCGCUAGACAGUGGCUAUCCUCUUAUCAAGAUGUGCAGUCCAGACAAUAUGGUCGGAUUUAACGAGUCGAUGAAGAUUGAGCAUAUGCGUCGCAUUUUUGAUGAUGCCUACAAGAGUCCCCUGAGUGUGGUCCUGAUAGACAAUAUUGAGCGGAUUGUCGAGUGGGUGCCGAUUGGUCCACGAUUUAGUAACGGCGUACUCCAAGCGCUUAUGGUCCUCCUCAAGAAGGAACCACCAAAGGGUAGGAGACUUCUAGUUCUUGCAACAACAGGAGAAAGGUCCGUUCUACAACAAUUAGACGUGUUCACGUCCUUCGAUUCAGACAUCGCUGUGCCGAACGUCAUGGGCCACGCUGAACUCUCCUUCAUCAUGAAGCAGUCAGGCGUGUUCGGGAACCCAGAUCGUGCGAUCCAAGAGCUUCGCGAGAUAACACGGAGCGAAUCUGUGGGCGUUGGUAUCAAGAAGAUUUUGCUUGGCAUUGAGACGGCAAAGCAAGAUCGGGACAGAGAAGGGCGUUUUGCCCAGACAAUGGCCAGAGCUAAAGCUCAGAUGGAUUAUUCAUAG